AUGGUUGACUUUUCAAUAUUCUUUUUGAUGAUAAUCAUUACACCAGGAAUCACAGUUACGGCCUUCACUUGGUAUCCAGAUCCUGAAGAAUCUACAGUUGAAGGAGUUUGUGGUAGAUUGGAUGAACCAAAAUGCUGGAAACCAGUUGGAAGACCAACAGAUGCAGAAAGCGAAAGUUGUGAUAGAUAUUGUUGUCAAAUGGGUCGUAUAACUGGUUUUUGUCACGGUGGUGUCACAGUUGGCGUUAGUGGAACUAACUAUGGUUCACCACAAGGUGCGAUGACAUAUAAACCAGCAAUUAGUGGUUUUUCCCCAUUGUCAAUGUACUAA